UCCAAGGCCUAUUCGCUGUUUGGAGCUUGAGGAGGUAAUUCAUUAACCCGGCCAGUAGCUAGCAGCAGUAAAUCCCAAUCCCCUUUCCCAGAUUUCCUGCAGCCUCACUCAGCCAUGUCCAUGUGAGAUCAUAAAUGCAUUUAAAAACACAGGCGUGGGUUUUCAUUCCAUUGGAAUCCUGAAAAAGAAUGUGACUGCAUUUACUAGGGUUCCCUAGUACCAACGCCACGCCCACCCUUGAGCCUCCAAACUCUCUCUCUCUCUCUCUCUCUCUACCCUUUUCCUUUUCCACUGCAGAACCUUCAAAUUAAUCUUCGCCCUUUCCCUCAAGCAACAGGACCACGACCCAGACAUUAAAUUCAUCCAAACCAACCAUACACCAGAGAGAGACAGAGAGGGAGAGAGACAGAAGAAUAGAGAGAUAUAUACAAAACACAAAAGCAUGUCAAACAAGUCCCCAGUGUUUCCUAUCCCAGAUCCUCACCACUUCAGCGACUAUGGCUUUGAUCCUCAAAUCGAUUACUUCCAGGUGCUGGAGGAAGCAAGGAAGCACAAGCGAGAGACCUCGUCGAGAUCCAUAGACCCGCUCCACUUCAAGCUCCAGAAACCCAUUUCCAAAGAGGACUCGAAGCGGGUCAAGAAGAGCAAGCGCCGCUGGUGGAGAGCCGCUCUCCUCUUCUUCAGCCGCCGCUGGACCCACGCCCACAGCCGCGCCAAUCAUCACGACGAUGACGGCAUUGGGUCGCCCCGCCGUGGUCGCGCCUGCUGCAGGGAAUCAAUAUCCGGGCCCGUGUACAUCACUGAGAGCCGAAGCGGGUCGCCCUCGCCUUACCGCACCACCAGCCGGCCGUCGUCGGGGCCCCUCGCGGGGACCUUGACGCCGACGAGGAGGGGCGAGGUGGAGGUUCCGUACAUCAGCCUCCGGGACCUUAACGUGGAGCCGCCGCCGCAUAGGAUCUCAACCUCUGCUGCCAUGCCCAUAUACCUGGUCACGUGAAUUAUAAACUCAAUCCAGUAUCAUGGUGACUACUAAUUUUUUUUUUUUUUUUAACUUUUAGUCAGCAGUUCAGCCCAAGUGAUCUGGGUUUGAUUUGAUUUUUAAGUGUUUGUUUUCCGCUUUGAUUAGAGAGGAGGUGCCUUUUCUGUGCAAAUUUGCUUGCAAAAGGCGCUUUGAGCCAAUGGAGGAAAAUGAAGAAAACUUUAUGCUUUCUCUCUCCUCUUCACUGCUAUCUGCAACUAGCAAAUCGGGGUUUGACCCACUAGGCUUUUUUUUUUUUUUUUUCUUUCCUUUGCAUUUUCCCAAUGAUGUCCCGAGAUGGUGGCCACUGUCAAGUGCCAAGGCACAAAAGGAGGGAACAGAUGAUACGCCGACGUUUUGAUUUGAUCUUCUAAAGAUGGCACUGAUAUUUCUGGGUCCCUG